AGAUGUUACGCGCUAUUCGAACUCGGUUUGAAUCAUGUCAGAACAAGAUCUCUGAUGAACCUAACGAAGCUCCCGAAAAUGUGUCCAAAAAGGAGGUUAAGGCCCAAGUACCUUGGUACUAUGCGAGCGGAUUCCUGCUCUUCUGGGUACUUUUGUUUUUUGCUGUAGUUUUACCAUUUUUCUAUCGGUUACCCACGGCUCUGACAAUGGAGGAUGUGAAAAAGAAUGUUUUCAUUGCGGAGCGUGCCUACAAGAAUCUCUACACUCUUUCAAAUAUUGGUACCAAGUUGACUGGCAGUAAGGAGAACGAGAUUGAGGCAGUUAACUUUAUUCUAAACGAGCUGGCAAAAAUCGAAGAAGUUCUCCUGGAAGACUACUUCGAUAUGGAAGUUGACGUAUCACAAGCCUCUGGUUCUUUCCCAUAUAGUACAAUGCUUAGCAUGUACCAAGGCGUUCAAAAUAUUGCUGUGAAAUUGACUCCGAAGAAUUCUACAGCCGAGACCUAUCUCCUUGUCAAUAGCCACUUUGAUUCCAAGCCAUUUACCCCGUCUGCCGGUGAUGCAGGCUUCAUGGUAGUCACGAUGUUAGAAGUUUUGCGGGUUAUUGCGACAACAAAUCAACCAUUUGAGCAUCCAAUUGUCUUUCUCUUCAAUGGAGCUGAAGAAGGUAUGAUGCAAGCUUCUCAUGGUUUCGUAACUCAACACAAAUGGGCACCAAAUUGCAAGGCCGUCGUUAACCUCGAUGCCGGAGGUAGUGGAGGUCGCGAAAUUCUCCUUCAAAGUGGCCCCAACCACCCAUGGCUGGUAAAUUAUUACAAGAAAUACAUCAAACAUCCAUUCGCUACGACCAUGGCUGAGGAAAUCUUCCAAUCAGGAAUUAUUCCAUCGGAUACAGAUUUUCGACAGUUUAAUUUGUAUGGCAACAUCCCAGGCUUGGAUAUGGUUCAGUGCAUCAAUGGAUUUGUCUACCACACAAAAUACGAUUUGAUCGAUGUGAUUCCUCGUGAAUCCUUGCAGAACACCGGUGACAACGUCCUAAGUCUGGUUCGAGGCUUGGCCAAUGCCUCUGAAUUGCGCGAUACAGAGGCACACAAAACUGGCCACGCAGUCUUCUUCGAUUUUCUGGGACUCUGCUUCAUCCAUUAUUCAGAGACUACGGGAAUUAUUUUGAACUGCAGCGCUGCCGGAGCAGCCCUCAUUUUGGUAUUCGUUUCUAUUUGGCGCAUCGCAGAUGUUUCGCACGUAUCCAUUUCCCAUGUGCUGCUCUGGGGUCUAUUGGUCCUUACCAUCCAGUUUAUUUCCUUUGUGCUUGGAUUGGCUCUUCCUAUAGUGGUGGCAUAUGUAUUUGACAAAUUGGGACUAUCGCUCACUUACUAUAGCUCCCCGCUGUUGGUGAUUGGUCUUUUUGUGUGCCCCUCACUCAUUGGCCUCAGUUUACCCAUAACAAUCUACUAUAUUUUCCAACGCAACGAUAAAAUAUCGACAUCUUACCAUCUGCAACUGGCACUGCAUGCUCAUGCAGUUAUCCUGGCUCUUUUGAUAUUCGGUUUCACAUUAUUUGGUUUGCGAUCUACAUAUAUUUUCUUAAUUUCACUUAUUUUCUACGUCAUAUCCUUGGCUUUCAACUUAUUGACUACUCUGCACGAUCGCGGAUAUGCCUGGACGGGUCUGCUAAAGGCGGGACAGAUUAUUCCAUUUCUAUAUAGCAGCUACAUCUUUUAUUUAUUUGUGAUUGUGCUAGUACCAAUAGGUGGUCGGGCAGGCAGUUCCGCUACUCGCGACACACAUAUCGCUUUCCUGGCAGCAGCAGGAACGGUGCUAUCCUUUGGUUUCUUGGUCCCACUUAUUAAUACUUUUCGACGUCCAAGUUUUGUGGUGUACUGUCUACUUGCAAUCACAGUUGUGGCAAUGUACUUAGCCAGCUUCACACACAUCGGAUUCCCCUUUCGACCAAAGACGAAUGGACAGCGAGUGGCAUAUCUUGAAGUGCGAAACAAGUUCUACGAGUACGAUGGUACUCUCAGUAAGGACGAGUCUGGCUACCUGUUUAGUUUUCAGGAUCGACGUGAAGAAGAGACUUUCUGGGGCCCAAAUCUGACUGGCUUGGUUAGCAUCAAAUCAAAUUGCGAGACCCACAUGAUGUGUGGCAUGCCGUUGUACGAUUAUCGCUAUGCACAGAAUAGAUUACAAAGCAAAUGGUUGCCGCGAUCUGAACCCAUCGAACCACCAGCAUCAUCGAAAUUGGAAUUGCUUAGCAAAACCGUGCUUAAUGAAACCACUGUGCGCUUUGAGUUUAAUUUAACAGGUCCCUCGCACAUGAGUUUGUUUAUUCAACCCUAUGAAGGUGUGAAGAUAAGCAACUGGUCGUUUUUACGUAGUUAUCUUGAGAACCCACCAGCGCCACCUUUAUCAUAUCAUAUCUACCUCACAUACGGCAAUGAUAGUUCCCCCGUAAACUUCGUUAUGGAAAUUUUGACGGAGAGUGGCGAUUUUGAUUUUCCACUGUUCCAACUAGGAGUCUCUGCACAUUAUAUUGGAAAUUAUGGCGAUGAAGAAAGUGUGAAGUUGGCAUCUUCAUUCCCCUCCUAUGCUAUAUUGGCCGAGUGGCCUGCCCUAUACCAACGAUAUAUUUUUUAAUUUUACGCAAAUUGCGAAAAUUACAAUCGCGAACUAUAAAUAUUAAUAAUCUAAAAUAAAUAUUAAUGUGA